AUGCCAUCUUGGAAUGACGAGGAGAGCUCGGACGAGGACAUCAACAUGGUUUCAAUGGAUCCUCAGCUCUUUGAAACCCCUGACAGUGUGGUGGAACCAUCUUUCUGUGAUUCUUACACUGAAUCUGAGCCGACGUGCAUGAUGCAUCAUCAGAGGCCGAAGAAGAUGGUGGCUUUUGAAGGUGCUUUGACUGGGAGGCGAUUCCUGGGUUUUCCUGUGCAGCAGGAUGUAGGUGUGAACUGUGGGGUUGUGGAGUGGGUGGAUGGUCCUUGGCCAGAGAUUCUACAAAGGUGCCUAACAAGGAUUUGCGACUUGUACCAUGAGCAGAACUUGGGGAGGGUGAAUCACAAACAAGCCCAUGAGAAAAGAGGUGGCCAAGCUACAGAAGGAAAUUGA